AUUGUUACACCAUCGCAACCGAAUACAUUCGUUUGUCUCGUCUAGGGUCAAAUGACGGUGGAUGUUUCUUCAUAGCCGAUAUUGCUCUGUUGAUUUCCAACGUCACGUUGAUGGUCGUUUGGGUCACGCGAGGAGCGCGUACUGUACAUGAAACGGUGGUAAGCCUCGUUGCGGUCGACGAGGACAUGAAAAGUUUUAAAUUUUCCCGAAAAAGCGAAUGCCUUGGUGGACAACAGCCUUGGCUAUUGGGACUGCAAGUUUUCGUCUCCACGACAAUGAUUAUUUUUACCAUUAUUCUCACUUUCUCAACUCGGCAAACUACUCCGCCAGGUGUGCUGACGGCUUGGAUUGUCUAUGCGAUGAAAAUCAUCGUGUCGCGGAUCCAGCUUGUGAUCGCUGACAUAAUUCUGUCAUGUAUUAUUCGCCAGAUUCGAAUUAGAUUCCAGAGAAUCAAUACUGCGUUGUACCAAAUGGGCAAUAUCUUUGAUCCGAGUGUGCUGAUACCUUCUCGAGUUCCUCUUACAAGAGGAAGAGGUCGUGAAAUUAUUGGAAUUAUGAAUCGACUACGACUAAUGAAAUCACAAGUGGAGAAAAUUUUGGGGGAUGUAAAUAUCUUGUGGCAAAUGCACAAAUCUUCUUGCGAUAUUGCGACUGAACUUAACUGCGCGUUUUGGCCUUACUUGGUCUGUACGCUUUUAGUCACGUUGCCGUUGUGCAUGCAACAUGCGUUUGUUCUAGCUGUGACAAAAUUUACACAAUACGAAAAUUCUAUGAACCGCUACAUAAUUAUCGCCUUCCACUUCUCAGCGCUCGUUCAAAUUAUCGUCAAGUCUUGGAUGCUCGUGUUAAGCUGUGACGAUCUUGCAGCUGAGGCUAACAAGUUUGGAAUUAUGCUGCAUCAGAUCGAUAUUUCUGACGCAGGUUUCAAUCGACAGUUGCGAGAACUUUCAGUCAAGCAGUCCCAAAAUAAAUUCACAAUGUCAGCGGGCGGAUUAUUUCCUAUCAAUAUUUCGUUCAUAACAUAUAUAUUCUGCCCGGUAAUGGCGUACACAGUGUUUGUCUACCAAUUAAACAAUUAACAUAAAAUACAUGUAAAAUUGAGUAAUAUUAUAUACAUAAUACUAUAUGUCGUCAGUUAUUCCAUUAACAGUUCAGUAGAUUAGUAAAUUAAACAUCCAACUAUACUUAUAAAUUUUUAACUUAAAAAGGAAUCUCGCCUUUAUACUAUCAAUACGAGAACCGUACUGUAUGCUGGGUUGCCUAAAUUUCGGCGCCAUGAGAUGUCACGCAAGUUAGACAAUUACAUGUAUACUGUGUAUAAAUUUU